AUGCCUCGGCGCACCAUGUUGGACACAUACGAGGGUCGCCUACCUGCAGGUUUGCAGCGUGUCGGCCAAGAUUUUGACAACAAGGUCUAUACCUUCCGUGCCGCUGAUAGCACGCUCUGGGAGUUGUGGAAAACAUCGACAAACCUCCGUCAACGAAACAAGGCCAAUACGUCGAACACGAUUAGUCUCAUCGCAGACCGCAGACUGAUCAACUAUGCAGACGAUGAGGCCAAGGAUGAAGCAGCACGAAGGGAUGCUAUGCAAUCAGUGGGCACGAAGGCAACGCGCGCCUCAACACAGAGAGAACGUAUUACAGAUGUUCAUGAACAUGCUGUUGCCAGGAGCAUCUUCUCCAUCUCUGAUCCUUCAGAACCACGUAUCUCGACGUCAUUUGUCAUCACGAUGCAAAAUGAUCCAUCACAAUUCUUCUCAGGUACGAUUAUUUACAACAACAAGCCCGUUGCUGCCGCAGGAUCACGGAAACCUUUUCCGAUCAACCAAGUCUCCAAGAUACAGAGAUCCGUAUCGAAUUGUGCCCAGAAUCAACCUGAUCAUUCUAUAUGA